CAGUUUUACAAGGCUUCUCAAAUAGAAAAUGUUGAUUUAAUUGUUGGCAAUCCUCCUUGGUCCAUAUUUGGUGUUUCACGAAAUAUUGGCGGUAAUAAUUUAAAUGUUUGUGCUUUAAUGGCGAAUGUAGUAGCCUCGCGAAAACUUAAUUAUCAAAUGGGAUGUCUUGCUUUUAUCAUGCCUAAAAGUCUAUUAUUUAAUGCUUCUUAUGAAGGAUUUCGUCCCUUUAUACUAGAAAAUGGCAAAAGAUUAUAUUUACAAAAACAUUUUAACUUUGACAAUGUUAAAAAACCUUUCGAGGAAGUUGAAUUAAAAUUUGGUGUUUACUUCUAUUCUUCUCAAGAGAUAGAAUAUCGAAAGGGCGUCGAACAAGUUAUUUUCUCUUCCAAAGAAAAAUUACAAGACAAAAAAAGUAGUUUGUUGGUUUCUAUACAAAAAAAAUCUAAUGCCUUUUCUGUGGUGGAAAAUAAAGAAGAAUUAGAAAAUUUUAAAUUAAUUCAAGGAGAAUUUGCUUAUAAAUUUCGCACUGGG